AUGGAGCAAAUGCUCCAUCAGGCCCUGGAAGAUGCCGGGAGCAACACUGAUGCCGAAUUGCAGUUGGUGGCAUUUAAAGGCACCACGGUGUGUCACUAUGGUCUGGGCCACCAUGGUGACCUCAUCCACGGGCAGCUGCUGGUAAGCUUGGGCCAGGUCCAACUUGGCAAAGAGUUUGCCCUGGCCCAAGAAUUGAUCCAGAAGCAGAAUGCAAAGAUGGCAGCCGUGCCCUACAUCCCAGGUCCGGACUGCCUACGCCCUUUUACCCGUGAGUCCCUUAAAGCUAUAGAGAAACGGAUUGCAGAGCGGGAAGCUGAGAAAUUGAAGAACCAACAUGAGGAGGUUCUUGAUGAAGAAAAACAGCCAAAGCCCCGUUGUGACUUGGAACAAGGAAAAGGCCUCCCACUCAUUUACGGGGAACCUCCUCCAGAACUCAUUGGAGUUCCUUUGGAAGAUUUGGAUACAUUUUACAGUGAUCAGAAAACAUACAUCAUCCUCAACAAAGGAAAUACCAUAUUCCGGUUCACUGCCGCUCCGGCUCUCUACAUGUUGGAUCCAUUCAACCCUAUCCGGAAUGGUGCUAUCAAAGUGCUUACACAUUCAUUGUUCAGUAUGUUUAUCAUGAUAACCAUCUUAGCCAACUGUGUCUUCAUGACUAUGAGUAACCCUCCAAUAUGGGCCAAAGAUGUGGAAUACACCUUUACUGGCAUUUAUACUUUUGAGGCUAUGAUCAAGGUACUUGCUCGGGGAUUCUGUAUUGACAGCUUUACAUUCCUGCGAGAUCCUUGGAAUUGGCUGGAUUUCAGUGUCAUCGUCAUGGCUUAUGUCACAGAGUUCGUAGACUUGGGCAACGUCUCUGCUCUACGGACAUUCCGUGUUCUUCGAGCGCUAAAAACUAUCACUGUCAUUCCAGGUCUAAAAACAAUUGUGGGAGCUUUGAUCCAGUCUGUGAAGAAGCUCGCUGAUGUGAUGAUCCUCACUGUGUUCUGUUUGGCGGUCUUUGCCCUCAUUGGCCUGCAACUGUUCAUGGGGAACUUGCGACAAAAGUGUGUUCGAUGGCCACCUUUUUCCAAUGACACCCUGCAGGAUGCAUUAGGCCCAUCCUUCACCAGUGACUCCCUGCAGGAUGUCUUAUGGAGGGAUCCACUUGACAACAGCACUCUGAAUGACAAUUUUACUCUCACUGGGACCUUUGACUGGCAUGAGUACAUUAACAAUGAAGACAAUUUCUAUUUCCUCGAUGGUGCACUUGAUGCUUUGCUCUGUGGGAACAGCUCUGAUGCUGGACAGUGUCCAGAAGGAUUUCUCUGCAUGAAAGCUGGCCGAAACCCAAAUUACGGCUAUACAAGCUAUGACACCUUCAGCUGGGCUUUCCUUUCACUUUUUCGCCUCAUGACUCAGGACUAUUGGGAGAAUCUCUUCCAAUUGACUUUGCGAGCAGCUGGGAAAACAUACAUGAUCUUCUUUGUUGUGAUCAUAUUCUUGGGCUCUUUCUAUCUCAUCAAUUUAAUCCUGGCUGUGGUGGCAAUGGCCUACGCAGAACAGAAUGAUGCCACCUUACAGGAAGAAAAAGAAAAAGAAGAAGAGUUCCAGCAGAUGGUAGAACAGCUGAAAAAGCAUCAAGAGGAGCAACAAAGACUGCUUCAAGCACAGACAGCAACUAACAGUUCUGCAGAAAGCAUUAUAGUGGAAAAAAAGCAAAAAGGAGAAUUAGACGAAAAGGCUCAGAGUGAUCAAGAGGGACCAAAAGAUUGCAAUGGUCGUGCCAUCCCACGUUUGGUGUUGGAGAGAUCAGCUACAGUACGUGAGUCAAAUCCAAGGGAAGAACAUGAGAAAUCUCAUCAAAACCAUUUGUAUGUGGAUGGUGUUGAGGGGAAGGGUUUGGAGAAGCGAGUAGGGAGUGCAGUCAGUGUGGUCUCCAGUACUCUUGAAGAACUGGAAGAGGCCCACCAGAAGUGCCCACCAUGGUGGUAUAAGUUUGCCCACGCGGUAUUAAUAUGGAACUGUUGUCCAGUUUGGGUGAAGCUAAAGCACAUUAUUAAGCUCAUUGUCCUGGACCCUUUUGUUGAUUUGGGGAUCACCAUCUGCAUUGUCCUUAAUACUGUCUUCAUGGCCAUGGAACACUACCCAAUGACUGAAGAGUUCAACAAUGUAUUGAAUGUGGGCAAUCUGGUAAGAGAACUGCUCUUCAUACUUUAAUUUGAUAGUGUGAUAUCUCUGAGGUGCUUGCAAGA